CCUUCUCCACUCAAGACCUUCACCAGUUCCUUCUGGUUCUUCUCUAUCAUCACAUUUUCUCUUUUUGUUUGUAUCUCUCUAGAACGUUCUGUUCUUUUUCUCUCUCUAAAGCUUAUUCUCGAACUGGCUAACUCACAGGAAAUUCUGGAAGAAUCUUCAAGAAAGAACCAAGAGGUGGUUCUUGCCCUCUAUGAGGCCUUAAGAUCUCGAGACGUGGACACUGUACACCAGAUCCUCGCCUCCGACCUCGAGUGGUGGUUCCAUGGCCCGCCGUCUCACCAGUAUAUGAUGCGCCUUCUCACUGGCUCGGAAAAAGUUGGGAAAAGCUCCUCUACUGGUACGUUUGAGUUCAACCCUGAAUUCAUCAGGUCCUUUGGAUCGAUCGUGAUUGCUGAAGGGUGCGAUUCUAGCCGCUCCAUUUCUUGGGUUCACGCGUGGACAGUCACGGAUGGGAUAAUCACCCAAGUCAGAGAGUACUUCAACACUUCACUCACUGUUACUCGUCUUGGUAACCAAGAAUCUGAGCCAUCUGAUUGUUCAUCUCCGUCUUCAUCAUCGUCAUCUUCAUCGGCGGAGAUAACUCCCGUGCAUUGCCCGUCCAUUUGGGAGAGCAGACUCUCCAGUCAGUUCGGAAAGUCAGUGCCUGGUCUAGUCCUAGCAAUCUAAGUCAAAAUCAGCCAUCUCUGUUUCUGAUCAGGUGCAGGCGUUAGUACUAUAAUAUAUAGUAGUGGAAUAAAGGAAACGCUGCACGUGUCUCUUUUAUCCGAACAGAGAUGUAAGCUACUAAGGGCUUGUUUGUUUUGGUUUGCAAUUUCUUGUUUCAGUUCUUUUCUGUGACCUAGCAGGUUGAAUGUCGAUGUGUCUCUGUUUGUAAUGUGGUGUUUUCAUUAUAUAAUAAGGAAUUAUGCUUU